AUGUAUGACACAGACAAGGAGAGAGUUCUUCAUGCACCACGUUCGACGACAUGGAUUUCCAUCGCUGAAGAAUGUGCUGAAGAAGGCGUGGGUGUCAGCAUGUUCCUUGCACCGGGCCGAUAUAUGGACGUGGGCAGCGUGGGCAUCGUGCCCACUCUCUCCGGUGGAGAGCUAUUUUGGCACCCUAGAUACGUUCCAGAGAGGGAUUAUAGCUUGGUGCGAUCACAGCUUGCCAGGCUCGUGAGUAGGACCCAAGGAUUCAACUGUUCGCUGCGCGUUAGAUGCUCUCAUGGCUUGCAAGUAAAGACACAUUAUGGAGCGUUCUUCCUGUCCGCACCCACCGAGCUGACCUUCGGCAACAUCUCAUCCGACAGCGCGUUUACCGUUGAACUGGAGCAUACAAGGAAUCUAUCAGCGCGAGCCUACGCGUUCCUCCAGUGUGCUGCGUUGUACACGAGCGUGGAGGGACAACGGAGAGUCCGGGUGAUCAACUUGGCGAUGAACGUCGUCGAGUUAGCGGGCAGUGUUUUCCAAUACGCGGAUAUGGAGACCGUCGUUGCUCACUUGGCCAAAGCAGCAAUGGCGUCCAUGACCCAGCAACGAACAUUGAUAACCCGAGAGGAUCUGAUGGAAAAGUGCUCUGCUCUGCUCCUUGGAUAUAGAAAGCAAUGUGCAGCUGCUACACGGUCGACACAAUUGAUUAUCCCGGAGGCCUUCCGUGCCCUUCCAGCAUUUACACUAGCACUCCAGAAAACAAAACCUUUGAAAGCGCGGCAAGUCUCAUCGGAUGUUCGAAAUUACCAUAUUCAUCGAAUAUUGUCAAUGGGUGCUCGCACCCUGAUGUUCUACCUAUACCCUAGAUUACUGGCACUGCAUGACCUCGAUGAGAGUAUUGCACUGCCGCAACUGGUGGAGAACGCAGAUGGUGUCAAAGUCGAGAGGGUGAUCGCCCCGUCGUGUAUGAGAGACAGCUACUUCUUCAUGCAAGCCAGUGGUGUCUAUUUGAUUGAUAACGAGGAGACCGUGAUAUUCUGGGUUGGAAGCAGUGUAUCACCUCAACUACUACAAGACUUGUUCGGUGUCGACGACAUCAAUUCUCUGAAACCUCAAAUGUACAAUCUUCCAGUUCUGCCCACAACGCUCUCAACCCAAGUGCACAAUAUCCUCUCGCUACGCUUUGCGCAGAGAGGACGGCCUGUAAAGAUACUGCUCGCCCGUCAGAACAUGGACGCAGCCGAGAUCGAGUUCAGCGACAUGCUUGUCGAGGAUCAAAACAACGGUGCUAUGUCGUAUAUCGAUUACUUGGCUGUUAUUCAUAGGCAGAUUACGAAAGUGCUAAAUGACGGUGGCUCUUUCAGUGCUUCUGGGAUUCGCGGUUCGCCUUGGUAG